CGUGGCAUCUAUCAACCCUCAAUCAAUUUUAUAAUUGAUCAAAUAAAAUGAUGAAGUUUUGAUGUCUGGUUGUUAAAUUUACGUAUCUUGUUCUCAAAAGAUAUACAUUUGUUGGAAAGUUUGACAUGGCAUCGACAAAAACUGUGACUGAGGCUAAGGCUUCAACUUCAAAUGGCCCUCAAGUGGUUCAAGAAUAUAUUGUUAAAAUGCCAUUGAAUAAAUCGAAAAAAUUCAAUGUAAUGCGCUUCAGUGGCUCUCAAAAAGUGGAUGUGAAGACAUGGACACAAGUGAAAAUGGAAAGGGAAAAUAAUUUAAAAGAAUUCAAAGCCGAUGAAGAUCAGCCAAAAUUUGGUGCUGGGAGUGAAUUUGGUCGUGAGCAGCGGGAAGAAUCCAGGCGUAAAAAAUAUGGCAUUAUGACUAAAAAAUAUAAUCCAGAAGAUCAGCCUUGGCUGCUGAAACUUAAUGGAAAAGGUGGAAAAAAAUAUAAAGGAAUUCGUGAGGGAGGAGUUACUGAAAAUGCCUCCUACUAUGUUUUCACUCAAGCAGCUGAUGGAACUUUUGAAGCUUACCCAGUGGCAGAAUGGUAUAACUUCACUCCUAUUCAACGCUACAAAGCUUUGAGCGCUGAAGAAGCCGAAGAAGAAUUUGGGAGACGUGACAAAGUUUUGAACUACUUUUCCAUUAUGGUUAAAAAACGUCUUCAGAAAGAAUCAAUUGAAGAGGAGGAUGAAGAUGGUGAAAAACCUAGUGGAAAAAAGAAGAACAAAAAACAGGCUAAAGAUUUUAAAAUAUCUGACAUGGAUGACUGGACUAAAGAUUCUAGUGAAUCUGGUGAUGAAGAUGACGUAGAAGAAAAUGAUGAAAAAUCUGCAAAAAAGAAUGCUAAGAAAGGUAAAAAGAAAAAGAAGGAAGAUGUAGAGGAUGAAGGUAAAGAAGAGAGUGAUGAAGGAGAUUUUGAUGAUCGGGAAGUGGAUUAUAUUACAGGGUCUUCAAGCUCUGAAGAGGAGUUAGAAGAAGAAAAAGUGAAUCGUGAGAUGAAGGGAGUCGAAGAUGAAGAAGCUUUACGCAAAUUAGAUAAUUCAGAAGAUGAGGAAGAAACAGAAGAAAAUAAAGAGACUGAAGAAAACCCUGAGCAAGAAAAAGCUCCAGAAGUGGAGAAAAAGAAGAAAAAGAAAGAAGGUAAAGGAGGAGACUCGUCUGGAGAUUCUUCUUCUGAUACUUCAGAUUCUGACUUUGAUGAUAAUAAAGUUCAUGCUGUGUUUAUGCAGAAACAAGCUAAGAAAAAUGGUUCUGAUAAUAGUGCCAGUAGUAGUAGAGCUAAUACUCCUACUAGAUUAAAUGCUGAAGGUAAAGGAACUAAGCGAAAAUUGAAUGAAUCGUUGGUAUCAAAUAAGAAACCCAAAUCAGACAAUCAGUCUGGAUCCAGUAGUGUGAACUCUCUGGAUGGUAUUACUGAAGAAGCUAUCCGUCGGUAUUUGUCUCGCAAACCUAUGACUGCCACUGAAUUGUUACAGAAAUUUAAGAAAACUAAAGUUAACUCUCAACAACUUGUCACUAAAAUUGCUGAUGUGUUGAAAAAAAUGGACUUAGUGAAGCGAAAGAUCAAAGACAAGAUGUAUCUGUCCCUUAAAUCUUAACUUAUCUUGUAAAUACAAGUUUUGUUAUUUAUGUUGUAUGAUGUUUUAUUGUCUAUAAUAAAAUAGCUGUUAUUUUCA